GCCUCAAACCGCAGAGUGUGAGAGAGAGAUGGCUCUAAGGUAUCAUCGCCGCAUGAAGGAUUUCUCGAAGUUUCUAUCCCCACUUGUCCCCGCAGGCAAUCGCUGCCAGCAAUAUGGCAAAACUUUGGACUUAUUGGCUUUGCCUAUAAUGCGAAUUCUUUCUGCUCCGAAGCCGAUUGCUAAUUGGACCCAAGCAAGAGGGUUUUGUGAACACAUGAUCUCAGCUGUGGCUGAUGUAUCCCAUGAACCUGCCAAUGAGAUAGAUCUUUUGUCUUUCAUUAAAGCUUCACUGGAUGAGUUUGAAGGCACAAAUCAUUAUUGGUUAAAUAGAUCUGACAAAAAUGAUCAACUUUUUGGAGCUGAUGGAGUAUUUUUAGUUCUUGCUGCAAAGAUUUUUGACUCUGGCAUUGUGUUUGAAAAAUUGAAGACAAUUCAAAAGAGGUAUACAAAAAAUAUUAGUUCCUCUCCUCCCAGAUUUGAUAUAGCCAUACAGGUUGGGAUAUAUUUUUUCAUAAUAAUUAAAUAUAUUGGCUGCAGGUUCCCUCAUAUUACUAUUAUGAGUUUAAAAGCAACUCACUCUUCGGCUGAUCAAAUGCACCUAAUCCACUUCCUGUUGACAGAAAAUAUCACAUUCCCCAUUUUGAUGACUCAGCAGACAUUUCCCCAGAUAGAGAAAGGUGCAUGCUACAUAUUAUUUAAAGACUUCAGCAGCCCAGUAAUUUAUCAUGAGGACACAGGUCUUGAAAUUCUAUGCAAAGCUGUUCGGGAGUUACAGGUGCAACCAAGUGGUGAUUCUAAGCUGCGCAAUAUAUUGAGAUCUACAUCUUGGAAGCAAGAUGGGAUCACUAAGGAUCAAUAUAUUUUUUCUCCAGCUCAGAAUUUACUUCUAUAUUACCCAGGUUGCGUCUCUGCAGAUGAAAGUGCUAAGCGCCUCUUCUUUUCUGAUUGCAAUCAUCAUAGGAUUAUUGUAUCUGACGAGAAUGGAGAGAUUUUGGACUGUAUUGGCUCUUCUCCAGGAUUUGAGGAUGGAGAUUUCGAAUCUGCUAAAUUAAGGCGUCCUGCAGGUUCUUAUUACCAUGAUACUGAGGAUUGCUUAUAUUUUGUGGAUUCAGAGAACCAUGCUAUUAGGAAAGCUGACAUUGGAGCACGAACCGUGGAGACUCUCUAUCCUACAACUGCAUCAAACACAGGAGGUAUUCGCAUAUGGAAUUGGAUCAUGAGUAAGCUUGGUUUAGAAAGCAGUGGGGAGACCAAUGUCGAGGAAAAAUCUGAAGUAUUUGAUUCUAAAUCGUUAUGUUUUCCAUGGCAUUUGUUGAAAUCAGUGGAUGACACACUCUACAUUAUAGACCGCAGGUUUCAAACUUUAUGGACGUUGGAUUUCAGUUCAGGAAAGAUAGGCGAAGUUUUUGAAGGUCUGCCUAGAAUUCUUGAGACCUGUGGACAGCCAAUCAUGAAAAAUUUAUGCAUCUUAGAUCAGAUUCAAUGUGAUUGGCUUCAACAACAACAAAUUAGUAAUGGGUUUUUGGUGGAGGGCCUCCCACGUUCUGAUCUUUUAUCUUCACUGGUUACCUUGCAUGAUCAUGUUUUCAUCUGUGAUCCUGUUGGACAGAGGAUUCUGAAGGUCAAUGGAGUAUCUGGGAUCUGUUCAGAUUUCCAGUUAUCUAAUUUAAAGAUACUUGGAUUACCUUAUUGGUUGAAUUUUCCCCUGGAGUCAUUUUAUGCUGUUGCAAAUGGACUUUCGGGUAUACCAAUUGAUCAUCUGCAACAUUUUGAUUUGCUACCAGGCAGGAUUGACAUACGUUUGAGUGUUGAUGUUCCUAUGGAUAUUGAACUUGUUGAACCAUUACAAGAAUCCUGUAUAUGGUGUCAAGCAAGAGGUGCAACUACUGAAAUUUCUGGAGUGGAAGAUACUCCAGGAUCGUUAGAUAAGGUUGGUGUUGCACAACAGUGGUAUGAUGAAUUAGAUUAUCUUGCCGCUCCAAAACCUGAAUCUGAAAUUAAUGUCAAAGAUGAUAUUCUGGAUAAACAUUCAGUGGGGGAAGAUGUGAAUGGUCGAAUUAGUUGUGGUGUCUGUUCUAGCCCUGGAACGAGUGAGGUUAUUAUUUACGCUGUACUGUACUGUAAACUUAGAAGAGUCCCAAACUCGAAUGAAGGCAACCGGGAGGAACAUGCAGCAAGGAUACUUGACAUUUUGAGCUCUAAGAGAUCUGGGAAAUUAGUAAGAGAUUUAUGGAAUGCAUUUUUGUUGCAAUCUAAGGGUGAUUUGAGAGAUCUAAUUUUCACGAAGCCACUACACGUCAGAGUAAGAUUAAAUUGUUCUGAUCAUCCAAAGGCUGAUAACGGAAGGGAUAUUAUCUUAACGGACUCGUCAAUUAAGGUGGGCGUAUCGCUCAAUUGACAGUAGGCUCAGUUGCACAGUUGCAAUUUUUCUUUAUUUUUCCACACCCCAUGUUUUAUUGUUUUGACUGUAUAAUCAAUAAGUAUUUAGUAACCUAUUUCGCUAAUUGCUAUAUAUUUAUGAGUAUUAGCUGGAAAACUCUUCUAUUAAAUACAAUUUAUUGUUUCAAAUUUUGAUUUGGCCAGACUUCUGUCAUUUGUUUUGAAUAGUCUCAAUGACUUCUGAACGAGGUGAAAGGCUUUCUCUUUCUUUGUAAUAUUUGGAGAUAUAUAG